CUUAUAAUAAUUAAAUUAAAAUAUUUUUUACUGCUGCAAAUCAAUGGUUUUACCUGCCUAAAUACCUCCACCAAUCAACUCGUCAAAGACAUGCAUCGUCAGCGCUUUAAAAUUGGUCAAAGCUAAGUGUAGACACACAAGGAAUGAUGAAACCGAAACUCAAGUCAGCUUUAAAUCAAAGUGAACUGCAUUUAUAGGAAGAACUAAGUGAACAAAAAAAGAAAACCAGAACAAAAACAAAAAAAGAAAGAGGGAAAAGGAAAAAGGAAAGUAACAGCAAGCACAGAGGCAUCUAUGAAAAAAUGCCGCCUCUAAACGAAGUGCUACGAGUAAACUGGAAUUUGCAAAUCAUAUCAUGUAUUGUCGUGCUGCUCACGACACACAGCAUACAGCUAGCCCACUGUAUCGACUGCUUCAAAUGCGUCUCAUUCAAUGGAGCCAACAAGGCAUGCGACGAUCCCUUCCACAACAACUAUUCUACCGCCAUACUGGAGUCGCCGUGUAUGGGUGGACGAAAAGGACGUAACGGUCUAUUUCCGGCGACGGCCUGCAUCAAAAUCGCCGGGAUUUAUGAUGAUACUGGCGAAUCGAUAACGGUACGAGGCUGUGCGCUGGACAGCGGUACACUCACCACGGACACGGAAAUCAUACGUAUGUCACAUUGUGGCAAAUUCUACUAUGACGACAGAUACGUACAUGGCUGCUUGCAGAGCUGCAACGAUGCGGACGCAUGCAAUCAGGCGGUGGCCAACUAUAAAAGCUCGCCGCAAACACUGUGGCAACACUGUAGCUUAGCGUUAUUGACAUUCAUAGCGUUACACGAACAUCUGCUCGGCCUAAUCAGGUAGCAGUGCAACGGUACUUACUAGAACGUGUGCGUUGGCUCAUCGUGCGUGGUGUGUUGGUAGUCAUAACUUGAUAGCAAAGCGGUGUGUUGGUGCUGUAGCGUAGUCACACACACACAC